UGACUAGCCGUUGGGUUUUGAAAAGUGGUCUCCCCAGACAAAUACCCCAUUGUUUCAGUCCCUUCAGUGAGUGAUAGUAGUGUCACUGUUAAUUAGUGUAGUGGUGCUUGUGUACCCUAUCUUCUCUCACUUCCUCCGAUAUUAUUUCAUUACAUGCCCUUCUUCUUCUUCUUCUAGUGUUGUGGUUGUGGGGUUAGUGUGUGAUUGUGUUUGUUUGUUCUUCAACCAUGGUGAUUUCAAAUGAGAACACUUCCAAACCAAUCAACCCCACAAAUUUUCAAGGAGGGAUAGAUUGUGUGGGAAACAGAAAGAUGGGGCAGAACAGAAGGGCGUUGAGUGUUAUCAAUCAGAGUCUGGUGGCAGAAGGGAGACCUUACCCUUGUGUUGUUAACAAGAGGGCCUUGGCAGAAAAACACGAUGUUUGUGAGAAGAAGCAAGCGGAUCCGGUGCAUCGACCCAUCACAAGGAGGUUUGCUGCACAAAUUGCUAGCACACAGCAAAAUCGUGCUGAGGACACCAAAAAGUCAAACUUGGGAAAUUCAAAUUCGAAUGGAUUUGGGGAGAGUAUAUUUGUUGAUGAUGAACAUAAUAUGCCAACGGAUGACCAGCCAGUGCCCAUGUCUUUGGAACAGACAGAACCAAUGCAUAGUGAAUCAGAUCAGAUGGAGGAAGUUGAGAUGGAAGAUAUACUUGAAGAGACUGUUUUGGAUAUUGAUACCUGUGAUGCCAGUAAUCCUCUUGCAGUUGUGGACUAUAUUGAAGAUCUUUAUGCUUACUACAAAAAAACUGAGGGCACUAGCUGUGUCUCACCUAAUUAUAUGACACAACAAAUUGACAUUAAUGAAAGGAUGAGAGCUAUUCUUGUUGACUGGCUUAUUGAGGUGCACGACAAAUUUGACCUCAUGCACGAGACAUUGUUUCUCACGGUUAAUCUCAUAGAUAGAUUUUUGGCAAAGCAGUCAGUGGUAAGGAAGAAGCUUCAGUUGGUUGGUCUAGUUGCCAUGCUUUUGGCAUGCAAGUAUGAAGAAGUUUCGGUACCUGUGGUGGGGGAUCUAAUUCUCAUAUCAGACAAAGCAUACACAAGGAAAGAAGUUCUGGAAAUGGAGAAGUUGAUGGUCAACACAUUGCAGUUUAACAUGUCUGUGCCUACAGUAUAUGUUUUUAUUAAAAGAUUCCUAAAGGCAGCUCAAGCAGACAAAAAGCUUGAGCUAUUGGCUUUCUUCUUAGUAGAGCUAUGUCUAGUGGAAUAUGAUAUGCUGAAAUUCCCUCCAUCUCUGCUAGCAGCAGCUGCUGUCUAUACAGCUCAAUGCACCAUGUAUGGUGUCAAACAAUGGACUAAAACAUGUGAAUGGCACUCCAAUUACUCAGAAGAACAGCUAUUAGAGUGCUCUACACUAAUGGUUGAUAUUCAUAUGAAGGCUGGGAAUGGAAAACUUACUGGGGUACAUAGGAAGUACUGCUCAUCUAAAUUUAGCUAUACUGCAAAAUGUGAACCAGCACGUUUUCUUCUGGAGAACCCAUUGUAGCAGGCCAUGUAUAGCCGCCACUAACAUUAUGAUCAUACAUUUGACUUUCAUAAUUGGGGUCCCCUUUGGUUAAGAAUGCCACAUGUCAGCAACUUGGGUUGCACUUAUAUUGUUUCUCGAGGAUUAUGAAAUCCUCUGAUGUGUUGUUUUUUCGUAUUUGUGAUUCUACUUGUGUUAUUUUCCCUUUCUGUUUAUGUUCAAAGUGAACAGAACAUACUUCGUCUAUUUGAGUCUGUAUUUCUCUUGUUCCCAUUGAACAAAAUAAUGGAAACGAUGGCAUAGAUACAAUUUUUAUUCAUUUUCUGUUUA